AUGCCAGCUGAUAUUCCAAAGUAUGUGAAUUAAGUAUAUGUGAUCGAAGAACAUCGAAUUGCAUUAAUAAAACUAAAAAUCGCCAUUGGUUAUUCCAAUAUGGGCUGGUUUUGCCUCAUAAGUAGCAUACUAACAUAUUCGUAGGUCUGUUGUCCAAAAAUUGGUGUUUUUCACCGCCGCUAUGAUAAUAUGCCCUGUGGCUACAUUCUUUGUAUGCCAGUAUUUGUUCAGCAAUAAUGCUAUUAUAAGUGGAGGAGUUUCUGCGCUCGUGGCUAAUAUUGUGUUAAUUGGAUACGUGGUGGCAGCAUUUAUGGAAGAUACCACAGAACAAGAGCCAGAGGAGACCAAGAAGUCGAGAUAG